AUGUCUGACGUUAAGCCUCACGUUUUGGGCAUGCCCCCCUUCGUGGUGGACUUCUUGAUGGGUGGUGUCUCCGCCGCCGUCUCGAAGACCGCUGCUGCUCCCAUCGAGCGCAUCAAGCUUCUCGUUCAGAACCAGGAUGAGAUGAUCAAGGCCGGCCGCCUCGACCGCCGCUAUGCUGGUAUCACCGACUGCUUCAAGCGCGUCACCGCCGACGAGGGUGUCAUGUCCCUCUGGCGUGGCAACACUGCCAACGUCAUCCGUUACUUCCCCACCCAGGCCUUGAACUUCGCUUUCCGUGACAAGUUCAAGAAGAUGUUCGGCUACAAGAAGGACAAGGAUGGCUACGCCAAGUGGAUGGCUGGUAACCUUGCCUCCGGUGGUGCCGCUGGUGCCACUUCCCUCCUCUUCGUCUACUCCCUUGACUACGCCCGUACCCGUCUGGCCAACGACUCCAAGUCUGCCAAGGGUGGCGGUGCCCGUCAGUUCAACGGUCUCAUCGACGUCUACAGAAAGACUCUCGCCGCUGACGGCAUCCGCGGUCUCUACCGUGGCUUCGGUCCUUCCGUUGCCGGUAUUGUCGUCUACCGUGGUCUCUACUUCGGCAUGUACGACUCCAUCAAGCCCGUCCUCCUUGUCGGUGACCUCCAGAACAACUUCCUUGCCUCUUUCGCCCUUGGUUGGUGCGUCACCACCGGUGCCGGUAUCGCCUCUUACCCCCUUGAUACCGUCCGUCGUCGCAUGAUGAUGACCUCCGGUGAGGCUGUCAAGUACAAGUCCUCUUUCGAUGCCUUCCAGCAGAUCGUCCGCAAGGAGGGUGUCAAGUCUCUCUUCAAGGGUGCCGGUGCCAACAUCCUCCGUGGUGUCGCCGGUGCUGGUGUCUUGUCCAUCUAUGACCAGCUCCAGGUCCUCAUGUUCGGCAAGGCCUUCAAGGGUGGUUCCGGCUAA